AUGGUCGAAGAAAAGGACAUCCACGAGGAGGUUGCCCCACACAAUGACCACGAGCUCAAUCGAUAUCCCACGGCAAAAAGCGAAGGUCUUCACCAUGACCACAUUGCUGCUGAGGCCCUUGGCGGACACACUGGUGAUCUACCAAAAGGCUACUACUACGGUUCUCAUUUCAUCGGAACCGUUGUUGCAACCUGUCUAGCUCAAAUAUCGGGUUAUCUAGGGUGGGUGUUGCCAUCCAACACUCUCUCCCUCAUCAACCAAGCUAUCGGCCCAUCUCCGAACCUCAUCUGGGUUUCUAUCUCUUGGACAGCUGGUUUCGCGAUAGGAUUCACGCUUGUUGGUCGUCUAUCUGAUAUCUUCGGAAGAAGAUGGUUCUUCAUAACGUCCUCUAUCCUUGGAUUAAUUGGCAACAUUGUUGGAGCAACUGCACAGAGCAUCGAUACCUUAAUCGCCACAAAUGCCAUCAAUGGAGUUGCCGCCGCUGGCCAGCUGUCUUUCCAUAUUAUUUUGGGUGAACUAGUACCGAAUACUAUGAGAGGUCCAGUCAACGCGUUCGUGCUCUCGACGAGUGUUCCCUUCGCCGUGUUUGGCCCUCCGGUUGCGCGUGCUUUCUACGAGAACACUGCACUUCAGUGGCGAUGGUGUUACAUUCUUGGCGUCAUCGUGAACACAUUUGCAAUUGUGCUGUACUUCUUCUUCUACCACCCUCCAACUUAUGAAAUGCUUCACGUGGGUGGCAAGUCGAAGCUAAAACAACUCAAGACACUCGACUGGAUCGGCAUCUUCCUCUUUAGCACCGGUCUUGUCGUAUUCCUCAUUGGGUUGAACUGGGGUGGUGGCAGCUAUCCAUGGAAAAGUGGCCACGUCUUAGGGGCACUCUUUGCAGGGUUCUUCACUCUCAUUGGUUUCUGCUUUUGGGAGGUGUAUUCCGGUCUCCAGUACCCUCUUAUUCCCAUGAAGCUGUUCAAGAAUAUACAGUACGAUGCCAACGUGGCCUGCGCUAGCUUGGCUGCAGUUGUAUACUAUGCAAACACCGUCAUCUGGCCCACCAUGAUCGGCGCCCUCUUCACCACGGAUGUCCAAAAGACCGGCUGGCUCUCCUGCGCCGUCGGCGGCGGUCUUCUUCUUGGCCAAAUCCUCGGAGGUACAGGUGUUCGCUACCUACCACGCAUGAAAAUCCAAAUGACCGUCGCGGCCGUCAUCACCGUGGCUUUUGUCGCAGCCCUCGCCUCUUCCAACGCCAGCACUGAAACCCGCACUACUACGCUCCUGCUCAUCGGCACCAUCGGCGCGGGGUACAUCGAGAAUCUGACGUUGAGUUCUACCGCGUACCUCUGGGAUCCCGCGGAUAUGGGCCUCGUCACAGGCGUUUUGGGCGCCAUCCGCACAGCCAUCUCCGCAAUCGCCACGAGCAUGUAUUCUUCCAUCCUGACGACUGAGUCGAGUAAGUACAUACCGCAGUACGUGACGCCUGCAGCCCUGUCCGCGGGACUACCCGAGUCUUCGCUCACAGCGCUGUUCGCUGGCAUCACUGCUGGCGACUUCUCAACUGUGCCGGACAUCACCCCGGAGAUUAUUAGCGCCACUGGUGUGGCCGUGAGACAUGCAUACAGCCUUGCUUUCCGGACCGUCUUUCUUUGUACACUUCCCUUCGGUGUACUGUUACUCAUCGCGGCUGUACUUUCACCUAAUGUCGAGAAGUAUCUGACGGAUGAGGUUGCAAGGAAGUUGCAUAAUGGCGAGAAGAGCGAGCCUCCGAUGCAGAAGGAGAUCGUUGAUGAGGCUUAG